GUUAAUUUACAGGACAAUUUUUUACAGUGCAACUGGCUACAUUUCCAGCAAUGGAAAAGAUAUAUUCAAUUCAGGAGUUCAGUGUAUAGACAGAGAUGAAUGCAAUGAUCCCAGUUUUUGUGGAAAACAUGCAUCAUGUCAUAACACUGCUGGAGGUUUCUACUGCAUCUGUGAAGCUGGAUUCAGACUAAAGUCAGGAGGAACUAACUUCACUGAUACAAGUGAACUCUGUGAGAAGCUUAAGUGUGACAGAUUUUUAAGUGAGAAAGACACAUCCCAGACAUCUCCAGAGCUCACAAAACUCGUCUCUUUGAUGACCGACAGCUGUCUGAUAAUCAAUCAGAGUGAGUCUGUGAACAAUAAUACACAAGCGCAUGGAGAAAAACUUUUGAAGGGAUUUCUGAGUGAUCUAGAUGAUCUGAAUCACGGUGGAUUCAGUGGUGAUAAUGAUAUGAUCUCAGCAUUGUUUAGGAUUGUGGUAAACAUACUAAAACUGAUCGGACAUCUGCUGUCAGCAAGUCGAACCAGGAAAAUAAGUGCUAAAGCUGAAGUGGAGCUGUUAGUAAAGAGGGGCAAUUCUCCACCUGAGGGUGAUUUCAGGAUGAAUAUCAGUGGAGCACAGUUAACAUCCCACUGGGACACAGCAACAGGAAAUACAUACCACGGCUUCACGACUGCAGCUCUCCUCAGCUACAAAGGUCUGGAUGAAUCACUCAACUGCUGUUUUGACCAUUUAGAGACACAGCAAAAGCAAACUUAUAAGAUUAAUUCAAAAGUAGUAACUGCCACUUUUAUUAACACCGAGACAACCAACCUAAAGAAACCAAUAAAACUCACAUUUUCUCACUUGAAGAAAAAGAAUGAGAAGCAUAUGUGUGUGUUUUGGGAUCCUGAGCUGGACGGGGGCGCGUGGUCAACACUUGGCUGCUCUACAGUGAGCUCCAGAGCCGAUCAGACCGUCUGCUCCUGUAAUAAACUCGGCAGUUUUGCUGUGCUGACGGUUCUCUGUGACACUGGGGUCUGUAGGCCUACUCUUAACUUUUGUACGCUUGACAGCAAACCUUGAGCUAAAUGAACAUCUCUUUUCCACCCUCAAUAACUGAGGUGCCCUUAAACAAAGACAUCUAACCCCCAGUUUUAAAUGGCUACUGAACCACUGCUGUGUGUGAAUGGGUUAAAUGCAGAAGACAAACUCAGAGUAUUGGAGGAUAUAAGGAUCUUCAAAUUCAAACUGUGUGUGUUUGUUCAUUUCAAGGCUUUUAUUGUCACAGUUGUUGUGAAGUAAUUUUCCAUUGCUAUUAAUAACAUUUGUCGGAUUUGUGUUUGUCAUGUGAAGCCUGAGCAUUGAAACAUAUGUAACUAAAAUUAUUCAAUAAACUUUUAAU